AUGGAAAUUUUUGCAGAGUUGAUUAAAAAUCUAGAUAAAGACCUAUCUCUUAAGGAAUCAAUAGCAAAUCUUGCUCAAAAGCUAGAGCAUAUUAUUAAUGCAGAAAAUACUGAAUUUUCAUAUCUGCUAAUGUACAAUGAUUUAGUAAAAGUUCAAAAAUCAAUCAUUUUGAGCAGAAUUAACAAGUCAAAAGCGAAAUUGGCUCCUUAUGCUGUAUAUAUUAGAUAGAUUCAACCAUUAAUGAUGGGUAGAAAAAAGUAUAGUAUUCCUAUGGGGUAUUUGCCUUAUUUUUUUCAAAAACCACAAAAGAAUUGGGCUAAGCAUGCUGGAAAUAUCAGUCAGGUAAGUUUAUGAUUUUUGAAUUCCAGAAUAGAUUCUGUUGCAAAUUGAACCUAUGAUAUAGAUAGAUUACCAGAAGUCAAGAAGAAGAUGAAAGAAAUGAUAGAAGAACCUAAUUUUGUUGGAUCGAAACACGAAUUUGGAAUUAGAUGGGCUAAAAUUGCAUUAGGCUUAAUCCCCAAAAUUCGACAUGAACAAUCUUUGGCACAGCAAAUAGAUAAAAUUGAAAAUAAAAUCUUACGGAAAAAGAAACAAAUAGAAGCGAACAAAAAACUGUUAGCCAAAACGAUUGAGCUAAAGCAGCUUAUAGAUAAAUCCUAUUAA